CAUCAAGGUGGUCUUUCCUAAUGGGGGUGGGGGGGUGGAUCCUGGACACUGGGGUUACACGGUGUGCCAAAGUCCCGGGGGCAUGAACCACCAGGGCCCUCCCAGAGGGCAGUCACCAGCCCCACCCCCUAUCCCCGCAGAACCCAAAGGGAAUCACUGUGAUUAGCCAGAGUCUGAUGGCCAAGGACGGCUUCUUUUUCAGCUCCUUUCACCUCCCAGAGCUUGUCAGUUUAGGGACCUGGACCAUCGAAGCCAGCUACCAAAGUACACCCAAGCAGAAGUUCAAGGCUGCCUUUGAUGUGAAGGAAUAUGUCCUCCCAGCUUUUGAGGUCCAGCUGGUCCCAAAUAAGACUUUCUUCUACCUCAAGGAUGAGGCUCUGGGCGUUGACAUCCAGGCUCGGUGAGCCCCUUUCCUCCCAGCCCUGCCAGAAGACCAGGGACACAAAGAUUGAGUACAGAGAAAGAAGCGCCAGGUGCUAUGGCUCACGUCUGUAAUCCCAGUGCUUUGGGAGACCAAGACAGGAGGAUGACUUGAGGCCAGGAGUUCAAGACCAGCCUGGACAACAUGGC